AUGCCUCGUCGAUCUGCGGCUUCCUCUUCCACCACCGAUUCUCCCAACUCGCCGUCCUUUUCUACUUCGAUUCCCGGAAAGGGCGGUAUACCCAUCAAGGCCCCCAACCGUCUGAGCCAAUUCUUCUCUUCGCCUAAAUCCAAGUCCGAACCUCAGACUGCCCAGGCGGCCCUCCAGUCCGUCAGUGGGAAUACACCUAGUCCCUCUACUCCUCCGAUAAGCUCAGCCUCACUGUCAUUACCGACUAUCUCUCUCUCCACAGCUACGGCGGACAAUCCCAACAUGGACGAACCGCCCACCACGCUCUUUCAACCUCCGUCGCCCGAAGAGGCACGCCGCUUGGCUAAACAACAUGCGCAGUUCGGUCCCAUCGGUCAUCAUAGCCACCGGUAUUCGAGUCGACACCCCGGUGGUGUCUUCCCGGAGCCCGUGAUGGACGAACCGCCUUAUUAUUAUCUUAUCACCACCUACAUUAGUUACCUAAUCCUAAUUGCCUUCGGUCAUGUCCGUGACUUCUUCGGUAAGCGUUUCCGCGAAGAGAACUAUCGACACCUAAAACCGCGGAAUGGCUACGGUGCCCUCAACAGUGAUUUCGAUAACUUCUAUGUUCGUCGUCUCAAGUUGCGUAUCAACGACUGUUUCGACCGGCCCACGACUGGCGUUCCCGGACGUACCAUUAGCCUGAUUGACCGCAAAACGGAUGACCAUAACAAGCACUUCUACUUUACAGGCACCACCACCGAUACACUCAACCUGAGCUCUUACAACUACCUUGGUUUCGCUCAAUCCGAAGGUCCGUGUGCGGAUUACGCUGAGGAGAUCAUGAGAAAGUAUGGUAUCACCGCUCCCAGCACUCGCGCCGAAGUGGGAACGCAAGACCUUCAUACAGAAGUGGAGGAUCUGGUCGCUAGAUUUGUGGGCAAGGAAUCCUCGAUGGUCUUCUCGAUGGGAUUUGGCACCAAUGCCACCAUCUUCCCUGCACUGGUUAGCAAAGGUUGCCUGAUCAUUUCGGAUGAACUGAACCACGCGUCGAUUCGUUUUGGAGCCCGUCUCUCGGGUGCGUCCAUUGGCAUGUUCAAGCACAAUGACAUGAAAGAUUUGGAAGUCAAGUUGCGGGAGGCUAUCUCCCAGGGCCAGCCUCGGACCCACCGCCCAUGGAAGAAGAUUCUUGUGGUCGUUGAGGGUCUCUACUCGAUGGAAGGCUCCAUGUGCAACCUGCCCGGUCUCAUUGCUUUGAAACGUCGCUACAAAUUCCACCUUUUUAUCGACGAAGCUCACUCGAUUGGUGCGAUCGGCCCUCGGGGCCGGGGGGUGUGUGACUAUUUCAGCAUCGAUACCCAUGAAGUGGAUAUCCUAAUGGGCACUUUGACUAAGUCCUUUGGAGCCAAUGGCGGGUACAUCGCCGGUGAUAAGGUCAUGAUUGACAAACUACGUGCCACGAACUCCGGUGUUAUCUUUGGAGAAUCUCCGGCUCCAGCCGUCCUGGCGCAGAUAUCCUCUGCACUUCGAAUUAUCAACGGUGAAAUUAUCCCUGGCCAAGGCGAAGAGCGGCUACAGCGUCUGGCCUUCAACUCGCGAUACCUUCGUCUCGGCUUGAAGCGUCUUGGCUUUAUAGUAUAUGGUCACGACGAUUCGCCAAUUAUACCUGUUCUUCUCUUCAACCCUGCUAAGAUGCCCGCCUUCUCCCACGAGAUGCUCCGAAGGAAGAUCUCCGUGGUCGUUGUCGGCUAUCCUGCGACUCCUUUGGUCUCGUCUCGGGCUCGUUUCUGUGUCUCCGCCGCUCACACCAAAGAAGAUCUCGACCGAAUUCUGACCGCUUGUGAUGAAAUUGGGAACGUCCUCCAAUUGAAGUUCUCCACCGGUAUUGCUGGCGGUGCACUACCAGAAAAUGGGGAGCUGGCACCCCCUCCGGAAAUGGAGAAGGAGUGGCGCAGCAAGCGGUCUCCCUCCAUCCUUCCUCCCCGAUGGCGCAUCGAAGACGUUAUCCGACGUGGUGUUCAAGACUCAAAGGCACCCAUGUACUAA